AUGGACACUCUCAUUGCUCAGUUACAGAAACAAUUUCGUGAUUACACUAUUUCUCUCUAUCACCAGGGAUUUCUAGAUGAUCAAUUCACUGAGUUGAAAAAGAUGCAAGAUGAAUUUAGCCCUGAUUUUGUGGCUGAGCUUGUUACUCUCUUCUUUGAAGACUGUGAGAAGCUUAUCAGUAACAUGGCUAGAGCUUUAGAUCAGACAGGGAAUGUAGAUUUCAAGUUGGUAGGUUCUAGUGUACAUCAACUCAAAGGUAGUAGCUCAAGUGUUGGUGCCAAGAGAGUCAAAGGUCUUUGUGUUGUCUUCAAGGAGUGUUGUGACUCUCAGAACUAUGAAGGGUGUGUGAGAUGCUUGCAGCAGGUGGAUGUUGAGUAUAAGUCAUUAAAGGCAAAGCUUCAAGAUUUGUUCAAUCUUGAGCAACAGAUUGUCCAAGCUGGUGGUCGAAUCCCUCAGGUGGAUAUAUAA